AUGCCCAUCCUGAAGAGUCUAGGGGUGGCAGACUCUAAGAUGUCCCGGGCGGGGACACUGCCCCUGAGGUCCUCUCGGAACCCCUUUGAGGAAGCUUCAGGGCUAGAAGAAGAGGAGGCUGGGGAACUGGAGACCCUGCCCAACGGAACAUCAUGUCGCCGCCGUGCCACCCUGGAGAAGCUGGCAGGCCUGGCCCCCUUCCGGCUGGGCAGAACCCCUGGCCGGCGGGCGGGCAGCCCUGGGGAUGGGCAGCCUCGCUCUUUCCUAGGCCGUGUGCUGACGCCGGGGAUCCGCAGGAGCUCAGCAGAUUUUGGCCUCCUGGCCAGGCUUCAGGGGACCCGAGCCCAGGCCGAUGAGGAGGCGACUGGGGAGGCUGCCCGGAGACUGGCCUUCCUGAGACUGGGGCGUGGGCCCAAGCCCCGGCGGGCGUCACUGGCUGAGAGGGUGGUGCCCGCAGGCGAGGCGGCUCCCGAGCCCCCGCCCAAGGUCCCGGAGCCCCCAAAGAUAAAGGAGCCGCUGUCAGUGCUGGAGAUCCUGAGCUUGAUCCAGCAGCGCGAGCUCGCGCGGGCCGACGAGCACAUCUUGGAGCUGGAGGCCGAAGAGAUGGCGUCGUCGGGGGGCGGCGCGCCCGGGCCGCCCAAGGCCGAGGGCGCGGGCGGGGGCCGCCGGGCCCGGGACGUGGCUCUGCUGUAUGAGGCCCUGCAGCGCGAGCUGUGGGCGCUGGUGCGCGAGACGCUGGCGGGCCCCGGGCCGGGCGCAGGCGCCGGGGCGGGCGCCGUGGCGCAGCUAGGUCAGGUGCUGGUGCAGGAGGAGGCGGCGGACGGGCGCCGGGGACCCGAGGCGGCCCGCAAGCUGCGCGCCCGCUGGGCGGAGGCGGUGGCGCGUGCGGCCCGGGAGCGCCUGGAGGCGGCGGCGCCAGGGGCGCCCGGGGGCCUGGCCGGGCAGCUGGAGGCGCUGCGGGGGCGGCUGCUGGAGGAUAUGGGCGUGGUGCGGGGCCGCCUGGCGCCCUCCUACCCCGCCGGCCUGGGCGCCUUCGGCGUCUACCUGCGCGGCUACCACGGCGCGCUGGCCGAGUGGAUCGGGGCCGCCGCCCGCCGGAGGCUGCCGCUGGCCGACCGCUACGCGCUGCUGCACUGGCACAACCAGGUGUACCCCAGAGAGGUCCUAGGUCUGGUGGACAUGGUUGCCCUGGAAAAUGGGGAGCUGGAUCCCCUUCUGUCCCCUGGCACCCUUCGUGGCUUGGAAGAUGAAUGUGUCACAGACGUUAAGGCUCAGACACGGGCAGCCCUGCUUCGAGUGCUGCAGGAGGACGCGGGGCACUGGGCAGGUGCGGAGGACCAGUCCAGCAGCCUGGCACAGGAUGUGUGUGAGCUGCUGGAAGAGCACACAGAGCGAGCGCCCCGCAUCAGCCAGGAGUUUGGGGAGCGGAUGGCCCACUGCUGCUUGGGGGGGCUGGCAGAAUUCCUGCAGAGCUUCCAGCAGCGCGUGGAACGAUUCCAUGAGAACCCAGGAGUCCGGGAGCUGCUACCCGACACCUAUAUCAGCAGGACCAUCUCCCUGGUCAAUUGUGGGCCCCCCCUGAGGGCUCUGGCGGAGCGCCUGGCCCGGGUGGGACCCCCUGAGAGUGAGCCGGCCCGGGAAGCAGCAGCCAGCGCCCUGGACCGAGUGACCCGACUCUGCCACCGCAUCCUGACCGACCUGCUGUUCCAGGAGCUGCAGCCGCACUUCGGCAAGCUGAUGCGCAGGAAGUGGCUGAGCAGCUCGGAGGCCCUGGAUGGCAUCGUGGGCACGCUGGGCGCUAAGGCCCUGGCACUGCGCAGGAUGCAAGAUGAACCUUACCAGGAGCUGGUGGCCGAGCUGCACCGGCGGGCGCUGGUCGAGUACGUGCGGCCCCUGUUCCGCGGGCGCCUGCGCUGCGGCUCCGCGCGGACCCGCAGCCGCGUGGCCGGCAGGCUCCGGGAGGACGCGGCGCAGCUGCAGAGGCUGUUCCGACGCCUGGAAUCCCAGGCCUCGUGGCUGGACGCCGUGGUGCCCCGUCUGGCCGAAGUUCUGCAUCUGGAAGACACGCCCAGCAUCCAGAUGGAGGUGGGGAUGCUGGUGCGGGACUACCCAGACAUCAGGCGGAAGCACGUGGCAGCCCUCCUGGACAUCCGUGGCCUGCACCACACAGUCGCCCGCCAUGAGAUCCUGGCGGUGGCCCGGGACUUGGAACUCUCUGAGGGGGGGAGCUUGUCGCCCCCCCGGGACCAUGCCUUCUUUGCAGACAUCCCUGUGCCCCGGCCGCCUUUCUGCCUCAGUCUCCCUCUCUUCCUGGGCCGCCUCUCCCUCUCCCGGCUGGCCUGCCUGCCCUGGCCUCGGCCUCCAUCUCCGUCUCCAUCGCGGCCCCGGGCCCAACACUGA